AUGGCUCGCGGGGUCCCGAAACAGAAGACGGGGCGUCGUCAGCGGCUCGAGUGGCAGCCGGCCGGGCCGCACCUGAUCCCCGGCGGCGCCGAGUACUGCCCCGGCGCCGUCCGUGAGUACCUCGACGCGCUCGGGUCGGGCAGCAAGAAAUCCUCCAACGAGAUCCUAAUGAACGUCCGCAAGCACCUCCUGUACUCCGGAUGGAAAAUCGACUUCGUCCUCGCCGGUGAGCUGAUCAAGCUCCGCUACUCCUCCCCCGCCGGAAAAUACUUCUAUUCCCUCCCGCAGGUCUGCGCCUCCUUAGUCGACAGCCGCUCGUCCAAAACCCCGAUUUCCUCUCCCUUCUCGGAAGGGUCUGGUAGUAAAUCGCCCGAUUUUUUCAAACCGGGCGACGAGGUCACGAUUGAUCCCGAUUAUUGCCCUGAGGCAGUCACUGACUACUGCUCGAACAGUAGAGAAAAGGGGUGGAAGCCGGGAGCCAUGAAAGCUAAGCAGCACUUGUCAGCUCUCGGGUGGUCUUUUUAUUACACGCUGAAAGGAGGGGGUACGAAGAGGGAACUCCGGUACAGCUCGCCAAACGGUCGAGUCUUUAGUUCUCUCCUCACAGCAUGUAAAUGGUGCGUUGGGGCUAAUGCCGUGACUUUAGACGAUGUAAUAGGCAAAAUGGGUGAACGUGAACUCCCGAGUAUGCUGGACGAGCCCUUGGAAAGUGACGAUGUAAUAUGCAAAAUGGGUGAACGUGAACUCCCGAGUAUGCCGAACGAGCCCUUGGAAAGUGGUGUUGUGAAGAAGAGAGGAAGGAAAAGGAAAUCGUGUGUGACGAGUAAGAGAGUUCAGGAUUUAGUCCCUUCUUCUUCCUGUAAUCAAAAUCCUCGCACUGUGUUAUCUUGGUUGAUUGAUAGUGGAGUGGUUUUGCCUCGAGCUAGAGUCGAGUAUCGUGCCAAGAAUGGUCUGGCUAUGGCAGUGGGGCAAAUCAGUCAUGUGGGGAUCGAAUGCAGCUGUUGUGGGAAAAUUUUCACCCUUACUAAAUUCGAGGCGCAUGCUGGAAGUACAAAUCACAGGCCAUCGGCGAAUAUAUUUUUGGAGGAUGGGAGGUCCUUGAUGGAGUGCCAGCAAGAACUUAGUGGCUCGGGUUUGAGAUCGGGAAGAGUGAGAACGAAUAGCGUCGAGACAAGUGGCGAAGUGAGAAACGACGAUUUUUGCUCCAUUUGCCACGAUGGAGGCGAAUUAGUAUUGUGCGAUCGGUGUCCUUCCUCUUUUCAUACCGAGUGCAUUGGUCUACAGGACGUUCCGGAUGGAGAUUGGUUCUGCCCGUCCUGUUGUUGUCGAAUUUGUGGUUUGAGCACGUUUGAAGGGGAAUUCGGGCAGGAAAUAGGCUGUUCUGUUCUCACAUGUUCUCAAUGCGAACAUCGAUUUCGUGUGGGGACUGAUGAUAUGACUUGGACCUUAUUGAAAUACGUUAAAUCUUCUGAUCCUCAUGAUCCAUGUGCCGUAUAUGAUGAGGAAGGUUUAUUGGAGGUUUAUGGAAAGCUUAAUGUUGCUCUUGGUGUGAUGCACGAAUGUUUCGAGCCUCUCAAAGCGGCUGGCACUGGAAGGGAUUUAAUCAAAGAUGUUAUUUUCAGCAAAUGGUCCGGGACCAGCCGGAGUAACUUUCAAGGGUUUUAUACAAUCGUAUUGGAGAAGAAUGAUGAAUUGAUUUCAGCAGCUACCGUGAGAAUAUAUGGCAAGAGAGUGGCAGAAGUUCCUCUUGUGGCCACAAGGUUUCGAUAUCGUCGACUCGGAAUGUGCCGGAUUUUGAUGGAUGAACUCGAGAAGAAACUCGUGGAAUUGGGAGUGGAGAGGCUCGUUUUGCCGGCUGUUCCUAGCAUAAUCAGCACUUGGACGAAUUCAUUCGGAUUUUCCGAGAUGAACGAGCCUGAGAGAUUGAAUUUUCUUGCAUGCACUUUCUUGGAAUUCCAAGGAACGGUGGAUAGACGAGCUUCUCAUGACUUCUUGACAUUCGAGACGAACCUAACGCCAAGUGGUGGCAUGUCGCUCGAGAUACCGGGGUUUUAA